UUUUGAACGCCACUACGUGCGAAUCCAAACAUAAAAGCAGUGCGUGGUUACAAAAUCCUUAAUUUUCCCGGUAUUUUCCGUGAAAAAGUGUUUUAUUCCUUUUUCUGUGUGACCAGUGCGUCCUCCGUGUGUGAGGACCAACCCCAACAGCCGUCAAACUGACUGCCGUCGUAAAAAUGAAGCUGAUCGACUCGGUCGUUCGAAGCUUCAAAGUGGCCAAAGUGUUCCGCGAGAACACCGACAAAAUCAACGCAAUCGAUUACUCUUCCAAUGGGGAGAUGUUGAUCAGUUGCAGCGAAGACGACCAGAUUGUGCUGUACGAUUGUGAAAAGGGAACCCAGAUCCGGACGGUCAACUCGAAAAAGUACGGCGUGGAUUUGAUUCACUUUACCCACGCCAACAACACCGCGAUUCACAGCUCGACCAAGGUGGACGAUACGAUCCGGUACCUGAGUUUACACGACAAUAAGUACCUACGAUACUUCCCCGGACAUACGAAAAAGGUCAUUUCGUUGAACAUUUCACCGGUGGAGGACACUUUCCUGUCAGGAUCGCUGGAUAAGACGCUGCGUUUGUGGGACCUGCGGUCACCCAACUGCCAGGGGGUAAUGCACCUGAAUGGCCGUCCCGUUGCGGCGUACGACCCGGAAGGAUUGAUUUUCGCGGCCGGAGUGAACUCGGAGAGUAUCAAGCUGUACGAUUUGCGGUCGUUCGAUAAGGGACCGUUCGUGACGUUCAAGCUGAACCAGGAGAAGGAAUGCGAUUGGACCGGGCUGAAGUUCUCGCGUGAUGGCAAAACCAUUCUGAUCAGUACGAAUGGAUCGAUCAUCCGGUUGAUCGAUGCCUUCCACGGUACACCGCUGCAAACAUUCACAGGUCACUUGAACAACAAGGGCAUUCCGAUUGAAGCAUCGUUCAGUCCGGAUUCGCAGUUCAUAUUUUCUGGCAGCACCGACGGACGGGUGCAUGUGUGGAACGCAGAUACUGGGUACAAAAUAUGCGUACUCAACGGAGAUCAUCCCGGCCCUAUUCAGUGCGUCCAGUUCAAUCCCAAGUUCAUGAUGUUGGCCUCGGCCUGCACCAACAUGGCUUUCUGGCUUCCGACGGCGGAGGACGCCUAGGGUGUUAGAGUGAGCGAUGGAGAGAGCGAGAAAGAAAGAAAGGAAAUUCAUACGGUGGUAAUAUUGAACUAUUUUAUACGUUUAACCGAGAUAUCGGCUUAAGGUUAUCGAUAGGACUAAAUAAAUAAGGUUUUCUGUAAAUUGUA